UCAUUCUCUAUAAAAUAGCCAAAUUUUCUUCUUCUAAAUUCUCUCAACAUAAAUCACAACACCACCAAAUAUAUAGAGAUUUUUUUUUUAUAGAUGAGUGGUGGAGAGAUCAUAAUUAUUUAUAAUGUUGUUUUGUCUAUACUUGCAAUUAUCAUCAUAUGUCUUGUUAUCCUACUCUUCAUUUGUUGCAAGAAAAAACCAAUCAAAGCUGAAGAAACUCUUCCAACAAAGCAAAUUGCAUGUUCUUAUUCAUUAAUGGACAUUCAUGGAGCUACGGAUGGAUUUAAUCAUCGAAGAAUCAUCGGUCAAGGACGUAUAGGAAGUGUAUAUGUAGGUAUAUUACCUAAUGGAGAUCAACAAGUAGCUAUAAAAAGGAUCCAUCCUAGGCUUGUAUUGAGUAAUGCUGGCUUUGGUUUCACAUCUAUGAUGAAAUGGCUAUCUUUAGCUUAUCACCCUAACAUUGUGCCAAUUUUAGGGUUUUCUGAGGGCCCUGGGGAACGAAUCGUGGUAAUGGAAUUUGGAGGUAUGUUGAGUCUUGAUUUCUACUUACAUCAAAAUCGUGAUCAUGAUGAUGAUGGUGGUGAUGGUGGUGGUGGGACGUCCCUAUUAGAUUGGAAUUGUAGGUUAAGAGUUGCUGCUGGUAUAGCUAGAGGAAUAGAAUAUUUACACGAAGUUAUGGUACCACAUAUAGUGCAUGGUUGCAUUAAACCCUCGAAUAUAUUAAUAGAUGUUAAUUUUUGUGCUAGGGUUUGUGACUAUGGUUUGUAUACUUUUUUAACAUGUUAUGAUAAAAGACAAUUAGGGUUAAUGGGAUAUGUUGAUGAUGAAUAUUGGAUUGGUAAUGAAAAAAAGGGUUUUUCUAAAGAAAGUGAUGUGUAUGGAUUAGGUGUUGUUUUGUUGGAGUUGUUGAGUGGAAGGAAAUGUGAUCAAGAAAGUUUACUUGUGAAAUGGGCAUUGCCAUUGAUUAAAGAAAUGAAAUUUGGUGAAUUUUUGGACAAUAGACUUAUGUUGCCUAAUGAUAUUAGGCCACUUGUUAGAUUAGCUAGAGUUGCAUUAGCUUGUGUUGGAAAUUCAAGAAAAAAUAGGCCUUCAAUUGUACAAGUUGCUAAUAUUUUGAAUAGUUUAGAAGUUGGAUUAUUAUAAGUUUUGAUUAAUUAGUCAAGUCAACAAAACAUUAUUGUCAUGCUUAGGUGGCAUUUGUGAUUGAAAAAAUGUUAAGAGUUUAUAUAUAUAAAAAUAAUAUUGGAUCUUUGAUUUU